AUGGUUUACGGUGCACCAUACGAGAUGCGGAAUGAUGUAAUUUUGACAAAAUUACUUACAUUCUGUAGUUCUCUACGAAUCAAAAGAAACACAUUCUCACGCCAUCCAAACAUCGAUACUGGUGUGAGAUUUAUCUUUACACAGGAGAUAAAGAAACCAAUCCCCUCCAGUAUCCUGAUCGAUAAUCUCAAGCUGGGUAUAAAAUAUGAGAACCAGCCCAAGACGAUCCAAAAAUGUUUCUUGUGUGGCGGUGCGAGCCACUUAGCAAAAGAUUGCCCUAAACCUCACUGUGUCCCUGACCCAAUACCUGCUGCCCAAAAACCAAAACCAGCAGUAGGCAAAACAAGCUCUCAAACGUACGCUGAUAAAGUCAGGGGGGGCAACACCAGUCUCUCUGAAAUAGCCAUAGAGAGCCCUAAGGAAUUCCAUACCAAACCAGAUCCAAAACCCAAGUCAAAUCUAAUUGAAAGUCUCGGCAUCGGAGACAGAACUGAAGCUCUGAUGGCCGAAAUUCAACAAAUAAGAAAUGAGUACGAGGAACAAAACAUUGCCGAACCAGAAAGGGCAACCUCUACUCCCGUCCGAGACAUCGAUAUUGAGCUCCCCCCAGGUUGGGACGAGCUCAACAUCGACGACUAUGAUCGAAGCAGAGAGGAGAUUGAUCUUCGAACCGCAGCAGAAAGUCUACAAAGAUCAAUUAACCGGGCGUCAGAAACCCUAAACCAAUCCACCAAUACCACCUUCAAAACCCCGGCAAAAACCUCCACUAAACGUCCAAUAACAAGCCCUUUCGAAGACAAUCAAGAAAAGAAAAACCGAAUAGAAGACCCUAGAAAGACUAACCAGAGAUCUAUCUCACGAGAUAGAACUGUGGGUAGUCGGGACUCAAGGGUCAGCAGAUGCGAUGCCGUUCAAGUUUCCGGGAAAUCUCGUAAAAUGAACUACAUAGCAAGAGUUGAUCUAUUGGACGGAAAUGAGUAUGAAGGGGUUUCUGGAACUCGUGUUAUAAUUUUUUUAACAUUUUCUGUUUCUUUAACAUGGGUUCAGGUUUGCUUGCUAGGGUUGGUUGCAGUAGCAAUUAGUUCCAGAUCCAAGGCUGGUGAAAUCAAUCCAAAGGACGUCAUGGACGCAGUAUCAAAAGUAUGUGCCGACAAUGUCACGAAUCUACAACCACCAAAUAAGGAUACCAAACCAAAGAGGAAGAGAUCCAGCACGGAUGUUCCGAAGACUGACGUAGUGGGUCAAUCAGUGGAAACGCCAAGAAAAGUUCAUACAGCUGAACAUCAAUGGUUUGAACGUACCUGA